GAAACCACGACACCUGGAGAAGAAUUCGUCAACGUGACGGACAAGUUCGGAAGAGUGGUGGCUCGACACCGACGAAGGAGGAGGCGAACAACCACACGCCGACCACUGGAACCCAAAUCAACGCCUGGCAGAAGACAGCCGUCCACCACUACACCCGAAGAUCACGAUCUCUACGUCUACUACAUUGACAAGUUCGGAAAGAGAAGGAGACGACCUCGACGACAUACAAAACCAUCACACAAACGAACCAGAUCGACGUCACCAAAACGCGAAACCACGACACCUGGAGAAGAAUUCGUCAACGUGACGGACAAGUUCGGAAGAGUGGUGGCUCGACACCGACGAAGGAGGAGGCGAACAACCACACGCCGACCACUGGGCGAAACCACGACACCUGGAGAAGAAUUCGUCAACGUGACGGACAAGUUCGGAAGAGUGGUGGCUCGACACCGACGAAGGAGGAGGCGAACAACCACACGCCGUCCACUGGAACCCAAAUCAACGCCUGGCAGAAGACAGCCGUCCACCACUACACCCGAAGAUCACGAUCUCUACGUCUACUACAUUGACAAGUUCGGAAAGAGAAGGAGACGACCUCGACGACAUACAAAACCAUCACACAAACGAACCAGAUCGACGUCACCAAAACGCGAAACCACGACACCUGGAGAAGAAUUCGUCAACGUGACGGACAAGUUCGGAAGAGUGGUGGCUCGACACCGACGAAGGAGGAGGCGAACAACCACACGCCGUCCACUGG